CCAUUUCACUAGAGAUUGUCCACCAUCGUAUCAAAACGAAGUCCGUUGUCGAGCCAUAAAAUAGCAGAAAAAAGAAAGCAGAAAAAAACACACAGAUCAACGUGUUAUAGGGUCCUAAAAUAGGGCGUGUGUAAACUUACGCUCAAAGGGUGGACAAAAAGUGCAUCUACACAUAACUGACCAAAAAGGACUACAUCUGUAACGUGAACAAGGACAAUUUUUCUUUGGUCUGAAAGGCACGAGUAGUGAGGCAGCUUUUGGAUUCUUCUUUAUUCGAGAGGUGAAGGUCUAAUAAAAAGACUCGGAACGCUGUAGAGGUUUCGAUGUUCUACAAAUUUGUACCCAGGCACCUCUGUACCCGUUCGGUUGCUAAGUACACGCAUUCAUCACUGUGUCAUCAUCGCGGAGGCGUAGCCGAAAAAAGCAAUGAUGAAGGCGAGGGCGACCAGCGCCAUGUUGGUGACAGCCAUAGCCGUCGAUGCGUUGGUGACAAUUGCUUUGUUCGUCAGUGCUGUCGGCGUCAACGGAGCGUUAGAUACAUCGAUGACGGGGCCUCGGCGAAUUGAACGAGAAAAUCGGCUCAAAAGUGACAGCCGACAAGGACGUACCUUGAAUUCAGGUGAACUCAGUGGCAUUAUGGACUGGGAAUACGGCGGUUGGCGGCCUCUUCAAACACCAAAGGGAUUCUAUCGACGGAUUGCAAGAAAUCUCUUCCGCGAUGACGAAGGCAAAGGACCAAAUGAGUUGGACAACGCGGGAGACUUGGAAGUGGCUUCUUCGAAUAAAGUGUCAUCAUUCCAUUUUCUCGGACUCGAGGAUUUCCUUAGGAGUGAACCCGGAUGCUGGGACUGUGGAUUUCAGCCGUUAAUAUUCCUCCAUGGGAGAGGGCCUCGAAAAAUCCGGUCAACAUCAUUGCACGCUGGGUUCGAAAAUCCCCAAACAUUGGAUACUCAUCGCGAAGUGAAUAUUGAUAUCCGUGAUUCUGUCAAAAAAAAACUUCGUAAAAAAAAGAUUGGUGCCUCCUUAAGACGGUCAAAGCGCAGUUUGAGCAGCACCGGUAAUGCGAUUCCAACAGAAACUGCUGUCAGCAAUUAUAUGACUGGCAAGCUUAUUGAAAGUGAGCCUUCCAAAGAACAGGAGUAUAUUAAAAGCGAAGCUCUUGAUGAAGCAAAAGGUGACAGAAUUACGCCAAGUGACGAGGAGCCUCACUACCUCAGUGCCAAAAGCAUUUUCUCAUUAGCAAAGGGCAUUGCGGAAGCACUGACCAUCAGAGAACGGCAGGAACAAACUAAGGCGCUGCGUACCACGACCGAGGCAUCAAGUGCCACAGAAGUGACAAGCGGUGCGAAACUCGAAAACCAAAAGGCUCACUUCUUUAGCCCCAAAACUAUCUUUGAUAGUGGAAAGGAUUUAACGGAAGCACUUGCUAAGGAACUGCUAGGUCCAAACAAACCCGAAAAUGCUUCAACUAUAGGAAGGAAAAAAACAAAGAGCGAUAAAGAGGAUAAUUUUUUAAAUUCGAAAAUCGCUAUUAAAGAAGCCAAAGAUAUCCAUCAAGCCCUUGCUACUGAAAGGUCUCAGGGUCAAGCCAGCAAUAAUACUGAAAUAGAUCCUGACGAGCCGCACUUUCUCAGCCCUAAAUCGAUACUCUCCCUCAAAGAACAAAUAACUAAAAUUUUAGUAACGAAUUUCCCAGGUAAAGAUACACUUGCGGAAAAAGUGGGGUCACAAGCAAACAGCCAAAUUCCAUCGGCUACCGAUGGUUCUUCAUCUGCCAAGGUUGAAGCCACAAUCGAACAGCCUGUAGAGAUAAAAGCAAUGAUACCCCAUGACGCACAUUUUCCUAGCCCUCGGUUAUCAUAUGGAAUUCUUAAGGGAUUUGGGGAGCUGGCUGUUAAAGCAGCACGAUGGGAAGCGAAAUCUAGCUCAUCCAAUGAGCCGAAGUCUCGAGUACGCCGACAGAUUUGGAAUCCCUUUCGCAGGCGACCUAGUCCUGCAAAGCCGAGCAUCGGAGGGCCAUUUGGGUUUGUGAACCAAAAUGUUCCCUACGAGGCCCAAGGCUCCAUAAACAGCUUUUCAUUCGCACAAAAUCUCCCGCAGUCAUCAACGUUUCAGAACAACGACUUCCAGGGCAUUCAGUCGUUCGUUCCAACUCCUCCCAUUACGAAUUUUGAAAAAGUCAGCGGUCCUCUUGAUAGCCAAUAUCCAGGCACACCCUCAAUUGGGCAGCAUGUUAUCCCUGGCGGCGCUGAAUUUAGUUCCGGUAAUAAUCAGUUUGCGCAAGAGCCGGUUGUGAGUGGCCCGCCACCAACGAGACCUGUUAAGCGACCCGAGCAGGUACAACCCGUUGCUCCGAGCUCAUCAAUAGGUUCAGGAUUACCACCACCGCAUGUCAUUGACAGUCUUCUAACCGAACUCAAGACAACCGGUCGGAUACCGCCCAACCUGUCACCAGAGACUGCUCUUCUUCUAGCCGAUAUCCUGUCAGGCCGUAAGCAACAUAUUAGCGACGACAAUAACCGUGUCCCUCACUUCAAUUCGUCGCCAAUGGCACCCGCGAUCGAUGUUCCCCAUGGUCCAUUUGUUCCAGAAGUUCCGCCACCGCAGACCCAAGUAAAGCCUCCAACGUACCACCGUGACCCAAUGCCCGCGCCCAACUUUCACCAAAGUGCACAAGCAUCACCACCAGUCACUUUUGGAGCUCUUCCCUCGCCUCCAAAGAGGCAUCAAGGCACCGUCAGAGAUAAGGUGGUUCCUUCAACAACAAGUGGUGAGGUGUUAUACCACCAGGACCGUGCACCAGUAACCGAACACGUGACCCCAAUAGCUAGUGCCUCCCAUGGACAUGGGGGAGUCCAUUUGAACGCCGAAGGGUUCCAGAGGCCACACAGUGUCACGAGGCUGCGGACACGCAAAAGGAAUAAGCCCUUGCCGACUUCGGUAACCUCCACGGCCUCAAAGCUUAGCUUGGCCGAACAAGCUGCUGAGCAAGCCGUGGAAAAGGACCACUCAUCGAUCUUUCCACAAGAGCAUGUACAUAUACACCAUCAUCAUAAACGCAAGAGGAAGCGUCCCACAGUAGCGCCCGCAGCCAAGAUCCCGAUUCCUGCUCCAGAGAUCCAUCUGUCUGAAAAGACGAAGGUUCUAUCGACUCAGGAAAUGGUUACACCAUCGGAGACCUCCGUUCACAACCAUCCUCCUCACUCGUCGGUGCAUGACGGAUCGCAUUUUGCCGCACAGCAUUCGAAGCCCGACGCUAAGGUCCACUUAUCAGAUACAAAGUCUCAUGACCAUUCCCCAUCUGCGCCCUCACUCGAAGCCGAGCUAAGUUCUGCGAGUAAGAAUCAUCCGAUUACUGUAGAUCCUCUUCAAAACAUCGCUAAUGAUGGGGGCGGUUUGAUUACCGACAAACACGGUCUGGCAAACGUUGCCGGCUCCGAAUACUACGACGAUCUCUCCCAUAAAACUACAACAACGACAACAUUCACACCCACAGUAGUUGACAGCCACAUCAACGCCAACGAGGGUUCCGCAUGGCCUGUCGAUGAUCCUUAUUUAUCACCACCCAGCUCAACGGAGCCGCCCGCUCAUACCGUUGGGCCAGCUGACAUUCUGAUCCAGGAUGCAAAACCAGGAAUACCACUGUUAGCGUCUGACCUUAACUCUCUCAGACUGAAAACAAAUCACAAUAACCAACAGAGUGACAGAGGCAAUGUUGCAGGUUCUGUCGGUAGCAGUAGCAAUAAGGUCGAUUCAAUGCCCGCUCCAGUGUUCCGACCGGAGGCGCAUGUUCCGACACAUAACGCUGAGGACGAAGCUAAAAAGCAGGCCACCCAGGACGAGGACGAGAUUUCUGCCGGAGCAGGCGCUAUUCAUUUUCAGCCGAUUCAGACAAAGGAGGGCGACAGCAAGACCACGGGUAAUGCCCAACUCUACCAUGCUUACUAUGCACCAGCCCACCAUGACCCGCCACCGGGCUACAUUCGAAUGACCGUGGAUGAGUUUAACAAAUUGUUCAAAAAUGCGGAAAUUCAAUUCAUUGGCAGUGAGCAGGAAUUACAGAAGAAGCUCGGCACAAAGCCGACAAAUAAACUAAAUUUCGACAUCAACAAUACGAGUACCAGUGACCUCAAGAAGAAGGAGAAAAAAGACAGCGGGAAAGACGAGAAGGAAAAGUCGCAGGACGAGUAAAACACUUCGAGUGUCGCUAAAUUUUAUCUCUAGUUCAUAGAAGCCGCAAAUACAUAUCAUAGAAAUAUCAAAAACCGUUUAAUCGAAGACGGCGAUAAAGAGUACAUCGACCAGUAUAUCUUCAUUUACUAUCUGUCAUAUAUAAAUUAAAUAAUUAAGUGACGAGAAUGAUUAUGUACCAUCGUCAUAGAACGUGACACAAUGAUCUUUCCGUGUGCAUAUUUUCUGCACUGUGCUUGUGGAUGUAACAAAGGAUGCUAGUUUAGCGCAGUAGAUACAAGGCGCACGAUCGAACGAUUCGUAGCUUACAAGGAAGUUAGCAUGCCUUCAAAAAAUGAAUAGCACAGUUUUAGUAAAUGGUGCCAAAACCUGAAUUGCACGGUAAGAGUUAUAGUAAAAAUCGAAACAAAUAAUGGAGGCAGAAGGAUAUUGUAAAUCUGUACAAGCUGUUGAUUAUGGUAUUUUAUGAAUCUGCUCCUGCACAUAUAACUCGACUACUAUGCACAAUAAAGUGAUUUGGCGUGAGCUCCAUACGAAAGAGGCUCUCGAUUUCCGCCUUCAGUAGCAAUUUCGCUGUUAGGUUGCCCUAAAAGGGUUAAUCAAAUCUUUCGAAUUGUUCACACCUUAGCUAUCUCAUCAUGGACUAGUGGGGGCCGCAAAUCCCCGCUUUUUUAACACCACCAUGGUGUCAAUUGAUACAGCUAUAUUGUCCAGAAUCAUGCACCACAAUUCUGGCUCGAUCGAUAAGCAACAAUAGCUUGAUCGGGGCCGAGUUCUACAAGAGAUGAAGACAGUGAUUGAGGUUUGAAACCAGACCGAAUGAACUAUAGAAAUGAAAAGAGCUUUUUAUUAUGUUAAGGGCAAUGCAAUGUAUUUAUUAAAAUGGUAGCGUUAGCUAUAGAUCAUCGGUUAACGCGAAAUACCCGUUUCGAAAGCAAUGGGGAUAUUCGUAAUAGUAAAUAAAAUUAACGGUACGGUACGUAUUUCCAUAAAAUACAUAAAGUCGCAACUUUGCUCGUAAAAUAUUUAUUUUUGACUUAAAGAAAAUGUCUAUUUAUAACAAUGAUCAUGACAAUGAUGAUAGAAGAGCAAGCUUAUUUCACUAUUCCAGAAGGAAAGGACAAACUGUUUCGGCGAUCCUUAAAUAAAUAUAAGCCGAUCACAAAAAUAAUGGGAUCAUGCAUUACGUAUAAUAACGAUACGAAAAUAAUUUUUUAAAAAAUUUCCCUGUGAUACCACAGUCUUUAUUUGUUAUCUUUAUAGGACGAAUAUUUUGAACAAGAAUGCGCGGACUUAACUAUAUGGAUACCCUUUUCAUUUGGAAAAAGUUGUGUUAGAAGAUGAGUAUUUGAACGUAUGGCAUAAAAGUGUGACUAUCAGCAAUCACAGCUUUAUUGGAGAUGAAGGCUCGAUCAAUCCAUCGUCAAAAAUGCCUUUGUCCUGCUAUGGCUUCGUCGACAUUUUACGUGCCGAAACAAUGAAAAUCCCCGCAUCGGAUUUUCGUUCCUUGAGUCGUUGCCAGUCAAACCUCUAAAUCUAAAAGUCCAUUGAAGUUGUUCAUCAGUUUGGAAAAUAUAGUUCUGUCGAUCAUUUCAAUUUCUAUUUGAGUAAUAGGAUACAGUCAUUUUUCUAGUUUUGGCG